UUAGCGUGUGCACAGAAGAGGUCAAUGGUGUCCCAACAAUCUGCUUUAAAAACAGGACAAUCAUCUCGUAUCGGUUUAUGGAGAGAUGUUGAAGAGGUUUGCCAAACAACCGUGUGAUAAUGACGCAUAGACAAAAUAACUUGUUGCACUCGAAACAUUGUUAUUGCACGUAAGGAUAUUUCUCAUGACCAGUCCUUUCCGUCAACAGUGGUGUGUCAUCAACGAUGGGGGAUCCGUUCCCAGGACACGCGCGCCCUCCACAUCAGCAAUACAACGCGAACUCUUCCGUCCACGCAGAAGAACACGAACAUGUCUCCAUUGGUACCAUCGUCCGGAAAGCCUGCACCCUCUUCUCAAUCAUUCUGACCACAGCCUUGUUCCUACUAAUCGGACCUUGUUUGUGCUUUCUUAAAAUGGGGCCAGGCGUACGGAUACUGAUUCUUUGGGUGUGGCUGACUCUCCUAGCAAUAUUCUUCGGAUUUUCACUACGUUUUGUAGUUUUCAAUGGAGUAACGCACGUAAUUGCACCAUUUGAUCAGCGACGCCUCGUGGCGAAGACAUCUAGUUUAUUUUGUGAUGCGCUCGAAAUAAAUAGCACGAAACGGGCCGAUUUUUAUUCAUUUGAGAAUAACCCAAGGACAGAAAAAGAACGAUUUUCUUACUCAGAACGUCAUGAAAUUAGAUUGACUGUGAAUGAAUCCGCAACAUUUCCUUUCUAUCUGCUCCGCGGGAGUGACGUUAUCGCAAACGUCACAUCCGUGACGCCGAUAUCGCUGACAAUUUUGCGCGGGGAAGACGAACUAAGACGGUGGUGGAAGAGACAUUUUGAAUCAAAAAGAGACUUAACUGGUACAAAAUUCGAAAAAGAGUUUAAUUUUGAAAAUAAUAAUGAAUUCGUCAGUUUUGUCUUCACCCCUGAGAAGUUCGACCCAGGCGGGGCAGAGAAAGUUGAAUUUUCUGUCAUAUUUUCCGUGAAGCGAACACGAAUCGAUCUGACAGCAAGCGAAAAUUUUUGCAAGAAUGUGAAAUAUUGUUACCUUGACUACAGGUUCAACUCUUAUCAAACAGUUAUAGUGGACGUGCCUUUCUUCAACCGGUCUGGCAAAGUGCCAGUAAGAUAUGAAGCAGACGACGACAACGUCGAAUAUCGCGAGAGCGGAAUUCUGGUCGCGCCACCUACAGGAAAAUUUCGAAAUGACCUUGAUAAAAAGGACGAAAGUGACAGGAAUAAUGCGCAAAAUGUUAUUGAAACCAGAGACCAAAAACCAAUUCCGUAUUUAUACUAUAGAUGUGCGCCAAAUAUUUAUAUAUACUUGUUUUUGUUUCUACUCGUGCCAGUGGCGCUUGGGAGUUUAGGUUCUGGCAUCAUUUACGCCUGUCAGAGAGCGCAGGGGAGACCAGAAGAAUAUACCCCCAUCUUGGCAAAACAUUCUAAAGAUCCUAUUAGGAAAUACAGCAAUGUUUGGCUUUAUUGAAAAUGAAAUAUGAUGUUAAAAAGAUAGCAGGAGUGUCUCGAGAUAAUCCCGGUGUUGCAGUGAAAAUAUCCCCCUGUAAAAGUGUGCGGCCCUAUUGUUUUCUAAUGGAUUACUGUACAUGUGUAUGUUUCAAUAGAGACCUUGAUAGUCAAUAUCGGAGAAGCGCAUAAUGGAUUUCUUUAUUACCAGGGCAUUCUAUCCUAGGACAUUUCAAACGUUUACACCUCCUGUGUAACGUCUGUUCCCCAUAUGUGAGUGUUUCCAUGACAGAACCGCUAGAGAGUCCAUGACUUUUCAAUGAAAGGGGGGACAUAGAAAUACGCGUCAAUCUAUCUUUCAGCGUUCCCAAGCAAUGAGAGAACUCAGAAUCCGCAACACUAAAAAAAAUUACACAAUGGUGUAACAGCUUUGAAUGUCCUGGGAAGAAGUGUCCUUAUAGGUUUCAUCAUCCAGAUUACAUGUGUAUCUCGAGGCAAUAGUAUAUUAAAUUUAUGUGAGAAGUUGUAUUGUAAACUACAA